AGUGAGAAACCACACAACUAUUGUCGACGAUCCCUACGAGUUAGGAACGCACGGUGUGCAACGCGCACUGCAGACAGGCACUUUACCUCCACAAAUCACCAGAGGAAUUAUAAACACUUCAUCUCCAAAAUAACCAGAUCCUCCAAACCCUACCUUCUGUAUCACUGGCCACAAUUAUCAUCCGGAAGACAUUCAUUUUCAAUGUCAAAGUAAAGGAGCAUCGCAGAUGGUGAAGAUGGUGAACAAAUGAAUCAAACAACCGGCGAGGCUUGAAGCAGUGAGCUCGGCUGUAGAUGAGUUUCCUGCAUCAUGCCGCCGGGGGUCUACGGCAUGCAGGAUGUUUGGGACAGAGAGGGUCCGCAACAGGUCAACAUGGAGUUCCUCCUCCCCACGGGGAUCUACCUCAGCUUUCCCGUAGCUCGUAGUGACACCAUCAGUUCCAUCAAGAAGAUGUUGUGGAAAAAUGCCAAGGAAGAGCCGCUUUUCAGUGCGCUCGGUGACCCUGAUGCCUACGUCUUCACCUGCAUCAAUAUGACCGCUGAGCGGGAGGAGCUGGAAGACGAGCGGCGUCGACUCUGUGACGUCCAACCCUUUAUGCUAUUUUUCUAUCUGGUGGCACGAGAAGGGGACCGAGUUGAGAAGCUCAUCACCACCCAGAUCAGCUCGCUCAUAGGAAAAGGUCAUCAUGAAUUUGACUCUCAGAAGAACCACGAAGUAAACGAAUUCCGAACAAAAAUGCGGGCGUUUUGUGAAGACCGCGCUCAGGUGCGUCAGAUGUUGCCAUGGUAUCAGUGGAUGGAGUACAACUUCCCAUGUGACUUGGAGCCGUGCGGUACAGUGACACACUCUGGGAAAUCACGCAGUGCUAAAAAGAUUUUUGUCAAUGUGAAGUUCGAAGGCAGCGAUGAGACAUUCGUUCUCCAGCAAGAUCCUCAGGACCUACCCAUGUUUCUAAAGCGGAACGCCUUGAGAAAAAAGUCCACCGUAUUUCGGUCGUUGAAGCAGGACAAGCCGGAGGAUUACGCCCUGCAGGUUAACGGGAGAUCGGAGUUCAUUUAUGGAAAUUAUCCACUGGGCCAGUUCAAAUAUAUUUUUACUUGUUUGCGUGGAGGUGUCACUCCACAUCUGACUAUGGUCCAUCAUUCGUCCAUCGUCAAAUACCAGGAGGAACAGGGCGGUCUCAGUAAUCAGGUGUCCAGAAGCCGAGCUCAGUCCAAACCUCCCCCUCUGCCUCUGAAAAGGCAAAACACAUCAUCGCUAUGGUCUAUUCAGGAGCCGUUCUACAUACACCUUUUACAGGGCAGUCGAGUCAAUGCGGAUGAGGGUAUGAAGCUGGUGGUUCAGGCUGGCCUUUUUCACGGCAGUGAGCUCCUUUGCAAAGUGGUGAUCAGCAAUGAGGUCUCCGUUUGUUCUGACCCAGUAUGGGACCAGAAGCUGGUGUUCGACAUCAGUGUUAGUGACCUGCCUCGCAUGAGCCGCCUCUGUUUCGCCCUCUACGGCGUCAUUGAAAAGACCAAGAAGCGCCCUACCAAGAAGAAGAACAAACGUGCGGACUGCCCUUUGGCCUGGGUGAACACGAUGGUGUUUGACUAUAAGGACCAACUGAAGACUGGGGAAUUUUCCUUGUCCACUUGGCCCUCUGUUCCAGAUGAUAAGGGUGAUCUGUUGAAUCCAAUGGGUACUGUGGAGAAAAAUCCAAACAUUGACAGCGCUGCUGGUCUCCUGGUUCGCUUUCCCAACAUUAGACCACACCCACUGUAUUAUCCACCAAUUGAAAAGCUAAACGAACUUAGUCUUAACGGUGACAAAGUUGUUGCUACAAAAGAAGAGCAACAGAAACUGAAAGAGAUAGUGGACAAUAAAAACUACACAGAGUUUUUUGAGGACGAGAAGGAGCUUUUGUGGAAGUUACGAGCAGAAGUGAGGCAGCGCUACCCAGAAAGCCUUUCCAAACUUUUGCUGAUCACUAAGUGGAAUAAACACGAAGAUGUGGCUCAGAUGGUUUGUUUGUUACGGCAAUGGCCAGAACUUCCUGCUCUGCAUGCUCUCGAGCUUCUGGACUACAGUUUUCCUGACCCUCACGUGCGUUCCUUCACCAUCCGUUGCCUCAGGAAGUUGCGUGAUGAAGAGCUCUUUCAGUACCUCUUGCAAGUGGUGCAGGUUCUGAAGUAUGAAUCUUACCUCGAUUGUGACUUGACCAGUUUCUUGCUGGAAAGAGCUCUGGCCAGCAAGAAAAUAGGUCACUUCUUAUUUUGGCACCUCAGGUCAGAAAUGCACGUACCUUCUGUCAGCUUGAGAUUUGGACUUAUUCUGGAGGCUUACUGCCGUGGAAGCAUCUACCACAUAAAGAGCUUGAUGAAGCAGAAUGAGGCUCUGAAUAAGAUGAAGGCUCUGAAUGACUUUGUGAAGUCAGGAAGUCAGAAGGCAACCAGGAUACAGACUACAGAAGACAUGAAAGUUUGCAUCAAACAGGACACUUACAUGGAAGCCCUUUCUGAUGUCGUAUCGCCACUUAACCCGAGCAUCGUGCUGUGUGAAAUCUGUGCAGACAAAUGCAAGUUCAUGGAUUCCAAGAUGAAACCACUGUGGCUGAUGUACAAAAACAAAUAUGACACCCUGGGACUUAUUUUUAAAAAUGGAGACGAUCUGAGGCAGGAUAUGUUAACCCUUCAGAUGAUUCAGUUAAUGGACGUUCUGUGGAAAACAGAGGGACUUGACCUCAGGAUGCUUCCGUACGGAUGCCUGUCGACUGGGAAUAAGACGGGUCUCAUAGAGGUGGUGAAGAACUCGGACACCAUCGCCAACAUCCAGAGGAACAACAGCAACAGCGCUGCGACCGCUGCCUUUAACAAGGACGCUCUUCUUAACUGGCUGAAGUCCAAAAACCCCGGGGAUAAACUGGAUCAGGCCAUUGAGGAAUUUACGCUUUCCUGUGCAGGCUACUGUGUAGCCACGUAUGUUCUGGGAAUAGGAGACCGGCAUAGUGACAAUAUUAUGAUCAGGGAAACGGGUCAGUUAUUCCAUAUAGACUUUGGGCACUUUUUGGGGAACUUCAAGAGCAAAUUUGGGAUCAACAGGGAACGUGUCCCUUUUAUCCUGACGUACGACUUCGUCCAUGUUAUUCAGGAGGGGCGGACCAACAACAGUGAGAAAUUUGAACGGUUUCGGGAGUGUUGCGAACAGGCUUAUAAGAUCCUUUGUCGGAAUGGGACUCUUUUUGUGAAUCUCUUUGCCUUAAUGAAAGCUGCCGGUCUCCCUGAACUCAGUUCUUCCAAAGACAUCCAGUAUCUAAAGGACUCUUUGGCCCUGGGAAAGUCUGAAGACGAAGCACUGAAGAAUUUUAAAGUCAAAUUUAAUGAAGCUCUUCGAGAGAGCUGGAAGACCAAGGUGAACUGGAUGAUGCACACUUUUGCCAAAGAUAACAGAUAGACGGCAUUUGUUCACACACUGCAAAAGGAGACCGACCAAAAUCCUCUUGCUCAGCGGUAAUUUAAAGUGAUGCAGCUUUGAACAAAAUAUAUGUUGCACUGGUGUACGUUAUUCAUUGUAUUAUAGGUGACAGCUGUUUAUAAAAUGUUUACAACUGCGAUUUAAUAGCGGAUAAACAAAGUACUGAGAUGUACUGCUUACACAUGAGUGUAGUUUCAGAUAUAUGUUGUAUUUGCGACACAAUGCACUGAAAAUUCAAGCUACUAAUUUAACAAACGGUUGGCGUGCCACUAAUUUAACUAGCAUCACUGGUUUGUUUGUGUAAAACAGUACAUGCACAGAGAAAAGCUCAGAGCAAUUGAGAUUAAUGUAUUUAUCAUUUUUAACUGUACAACAUAAAUUACAAAUAGCUGGACAAGAAGGCACAUUACUGUGUGUUCGUAUCGUUUACAUUUUGUUUUGCCAUUUUUUGUUUAUCAGUUUACAUGAACGUGUUUGUUUGUAAAUAUUUUGUCUUAUAUUUACAUUCCAGUAUUUCCAAUUGUUUCAAAUUAUUUGUAUGAUAGGUAAAUUGUUUAUCGGGAAAGCCUUUGUAUAGUGGUGUAUAUGACAUUUUUAUGUCAGUGUGUAAAAAUGAGCCUUAAGUAUUUUGUAUUUGUGGGUUUUCUGUGCCUUUGGGAUGUGACACACAAGCCAUCUUGAAGACGUGUCCAAAGAGUUUGCUGAAAUGAAUUUAAAGGGUGUAAGUCUUGUACUAUUGUGUUAUAAAUCAGGGCAGUGUGAGAAACAGUAUUAUUGCUUUGUAAAGAAUUGAGCCUUUUGUGUGCUUAUUUUGAGCAAGUCUUGAAAAGUUUUUUUCCGGUUACACCUUAACAGUUCCAGAAUGUAUUAACACAGUAGUCACUGCUACCCGACUCAUGAAAAUAUAUCUGCUUUCAUCAAAAGACGCGUAAACAUUGUUUAUUUUGAAUGUUCAGAUGUCCGAAUGUAAAUUUUUAAAGAAGAGAUUCAAAGCCUAAUUCAAAUUGAUCUAAUCUUUAUAUAAACAUACUGCUAUAAUUACCCAUUGCAUAUCAUUGUAAUAAUGUAAGGCACCUUAAUGCAAUGAAGAACAGUUGUCACAUAAUGAAGGGAUUUUUGUAUUUGCUUGGAUUAUUCUCUACUGGACAACUAACUGGGUAACUCUCAUUGUUUCUUGGACAUUAGUUGUGUGCCACCAUGAUUUUACGCCAUUUCAAACCGUGAAACUUCUGGAUUAUGUUUUUUUUGUUUUUUUAAAUGUGAUGUUUUCAUUUUUAAGCUGCAACUGCUAUAAGAUGUGUUUUGAGGUUUGAAGUGUGUUUCCAUUUCUGUUUUGUCAUAAAUUAUUGAUUCUGAACCUGAAAGUGUUGAUUUUGAUAUUUAAAUGGAAACACAUGGAGUCGUGGACACAUGGAUUUUGGAGAGGAGCGUUAUGUAGGAAAUAUGUAAGGUGAACGAAUAUAUAGGGUGAAUUUAGGUCAUUUAAAUGUUAAAACUAUACUGCUUUACCUGAAUUCAUUGUAAUUUAGAAUUUUAGUGGCUGGUUGCAUAAAAAGUUUAGACUAGAUUUUUUACAUAAAGGGGACAUAUCAUGAAAAUCUGACUUUUUCAAUGUUUAAGUGCUAUAAUUGGGUCCCCAGUGCUUCUAUCAACCUAGAAAAUGUGAUAAAGAAAAACCCAGUAACUUAGUUUUGGUAAACCACUCUCUGCAAGCUUGUGAAAAAUUGGUCAUUAUAAUUUGGCUCCCCUUGUGAUGUCAGAAGGGGAAAAUACCUCCCUUUAAUCUGCACUGUCCAACCACAGCACUGCCAUUUAGUACGGAGAUCAGCUACUUUGCAUUUUAAAGGACACACCCAAAAUGGCACAUUUUGCUAACACCUACAAAGUGGCGAUUUUAACAUGCUUUAAUAAAUUAUCGAUAUGAUAUUUUGAGCUUAAACUUCACAUCUGGAGACACCAAAGAUUUAUUUUACAUCUUAAAAAAAGUCUUGUGAAAUGCCCCCUUUAAGUCAGCUGCAUAAAAAUGUACACAGAUCUCCUUUCAGUCAGAAAAGUAAAACUAUAAUUGGUCAUACCGGCCCUAGGUUAAUAGAUCAUUUUAUGUUUCAUACGACAGAAAGUUCAAAAAGCCAGAUCAGCAUUUGAAAGUCAUUAUACAGUGAGACUGGAAAAGAGAAAUGGGAAACAAAAUUGACAAAGCAAGACUGUUUGGUCUAAAAUUUCCCAAGCAUCACAUAAGCAUAAAGAGGCAGUACCCUUUAAAUACUGGUAUGUCUAUUUAGGUUCAAAGAUACAUUUAGGACCAAGAUAUACCUUUACUGUAGGCACUUUUAUGCACUCUUUGGUACCAAUACUGUACGUAUUUCUGAGGAAGGUUUACUAAUACUUCUCUAGGUGCAAAUAUAAAAGUCAUUGAACAAUAGUUCGACCUAUUUAUGUUUAGUGGUACCCCUGUGCUGCUACGAGGGAAAUAAAAAGCAGUGGUUUGUGUACGCGCACCCUGUAUGUGGUGGGUAAAUUCUGCUACUGUGGAAUACCCAGUGUGUGCUAUUUUUAAAUACACAUUGUAAAGCCCUCAGUGUUUCAAAAUGCUGAUAGACAGAUCUUUAUAAUCUGGCCCAUUAUUUAUUAAUUCAUCACUGUCAACUGCACUGUGGCAAUUUUCAUAUUCAAGUAUUCAAGGUAGCUGUGUAAUAAUGUAAUGUACUUAAAUAUAAUACAAAAUAAUUCAAUAUAAUACUAUAAUAAGCCCACAAUGCAUUAUUUGACUUGUAAAAAUAUAUAUAUAUUUUUAAACCCUCUUAAACUGGCUCCUAAAUAGACUGUUUCAUUGACUUGAUUACGCGCCUGAACCGAAGUAAACUUCCGGUAAUUAUUUAUUGGUCUUGCUAGUGGCUAAGAUAUCUGAAACCUUGUCGAAAAUAAACUCUUUUGGUUUGCUAAAUACGAGUGGAGACGACGAGCAUGGAUCACAUCUGUGCGGAAAGGUUUGACAGAUAGGAUUUCAAGGACCAGUAGCUAACAUUGUAUAUAC